AUGCCACCGAAGACCAGCGGUAAGGCCGCCAAGAAAUCUGGCAAGGCCCAGAAGAACAUCUCCAAGUCGGACUCUAAGAAAAAGAAGAAGCAUAAGCGCAAGGAGAGCUACGCCAUCUACAUUUACAAGGUGCUCAAGCAGGUCCACCCCGACACCGGUAUCUCCAGCAAGGCCAUGUCGAUCAUGAACUCGUUCGUGAACGAUAUCUUCGAGCGCAUCGCCGCCGAGGCCUCCCGCCUCGCUCACUACAACAAGAGGUCCACCAUCACCAGCAGGGAGGUGCAGACCUCCGUGAGGCUCUUGCUGCCCGGUGAGCUCGCCAAGCACGCCGUCAGUGAAGGCACCAAGGCCGUCACCAAGUACACCAGCUCCAAGUAAGCGUACGUCGUUCCUCGUACGUAUGCGGUCUGUCUUCUCAAUACACUUUUAGUGUAAUGGGUUUAGGUAGUUCGUAUUGCGACGACACACGACACGCUUUGAGAGUGUGGUUUGUACA